AUGCAGAACUUCCUGAGGCUGCUGAGGAAGCACGGGGCUUCCUGUCCGCCCCCACCGGAGCUGGUAACCCUUGCGGCAAAGCUGUGCUGGGACCUUCGGGAUGACCCCACUCAGCUGCGACCUCUGGUGGCAGCUGUUCUCGCCAGCCAACUUCGUCUGCACCUUCUGGACAAUGAGGCCGUGGUCCUGGUUUGUGCCCGUGUCUUGGUCCAGCAGGAGCAGCUGCAGGCAGCCUGCCAGCUUCUGGAGGAGUGCCGGGUUUCAGGCGGCAGUCAGGAGCUGGUGCAGCUCUGGAAUGACAUCCACUACUGCCUGGCCAUGAGGAGGCUAGACGUAGCCAGCCUGAGCCCUGUGCAGAAGUUCCGAUGCAGAAAGAGGAACCCACCACCCCCUACCCUCUGCCCCAAGAGCACCAAGAGCCGGAACUUUCCUCAAGAAAUUCGUCAGACUCUGAAGGACUUUGCCUCAGGUGUGAGCACCAACCCCAGCAAGGCAGAGCGGGAGACUUUGGCUUUGGAGACAGGCUUGACAGCUAAGCAAGUACACAACUGGUUUGCCAACUACCGGCGACGCCAAAGAUACCUUCUCCAGCGCGUGGAUCCAGCCCAGCAGGCCAUUUCAGAAGUUCGCAGCACAAAGGAGUGGGACCCUACCCUCCUGCAGCCCUCAUGCAAUCCCUGUGGUGACUCAGAAUUGGUGGGCAGGCCUCAGUGGUCAGUCAUUGUGGAUAAAGGGCUGAGUCCCGUCGGCCUCAGCCCCAGCUUCGGCUCUCUGACUGUGGACAGCAACAUGCCGGGUCCUCCUAUGGCUGCCUCUGAGUCAUGGAUGAUGUCCUUUGCACUGCCAUCCUCCAAGGAAGUCUGCUUCCAGCCUGGGCAGCAAGCCCAUAGCUGCAGGCUGGACUCCAGGAUGCACCUACUAGGUUCCACCAUGUCCGUGCCCAUUGCGUCUGUUGGUGAUCCUUGCCCUGCAGGAUUUACUGAUACACAUCGUGACAAUCCCCAGGUCAUGUACUCAGAAGAAGGCCCUGGUUCAAGUGGUGGGCAGGCAGAGGGGCGCCGCUUCCUGGCCACACAGCCUCCACUGCAGGCCUGUGAGUGUCUCAUCUCCCCCAGCUCUGCAGAGUUUGUGCCUGUGUCUACCAUGGAGCUGAGCCAUCCCCUGCCCUCCAGCCAGGUGCAGUGGUCUCGCAACAAGGUCUCUUGUGAUGCUGUCUGGGGAGCCAGAAUGCUCCUUGAGUUUUCAGGGGGCAGCCUUUGCCAAGGCAGCCCUGGGGGUCCAAGCCAGCGCCAGAGAAGGAGAUGGCCUAGAUAUGCAGAAAUUCGGAAGCCAGUGAUGGAGUUGGUCACAGACAA